AGUGUAAUUUUUCUCUCUUGUCUUUGUCUAUGAACUUUGUCAAAUCGAUAAAAAUAUAAAAAAAUUCAAUUUUCAAAUAAAAAUCAUCAUUUCAAAUAAUUAUAAUGGGCUCGGAACAGUCAAUUCCUCCAAAGAAGCAGUCCCAGCGAGCUCCUCCAGUGCGAAGAGGUCACACAAUAGCAACUUCUAAUUUUACAGAAGCUAGAAGAAAUGAAGCUACCACUAGUGGUAAUAACUCGCCUGGUGCGAGCAUGUGUUCGGACUCGGAGCUUCCUUACAUAUCAUACACUGUGGAUAGACCUAUAGGAGAUUCACCGAAAGCCUCUGGUAAAUCCCAAAGAUCCGCCGAUAAUAAGAAGUCUCUGCUGCAACGGAGACAGCUCAGUCUUCAGGCAAGGAAGAACAAGCGAGCCAGGGAUAUUGUGGUUGUUAAACCUGCUACUGACACCCAGUUAGAUGAGGAUAUUAGAAGAUUACAGGAAAUACCAACAUUUCUCCCAAUAAUGAGGGGUACACUUGGCUUGCCUGGUGCAAGAGAUCCUGAAGUUCUUGAAGGCCUAGACUACAGACCCUGGGUGCGGCUGGCGACAAGGGUGCAAGCCCACUUGGCAGCCUGCGCUCACCCAUUAGCUGCAGAAGAAUGCAGUCUCGCUAGUAAAAUUAAAGAGGCGGACACGGAGAUCUCCCGUCUCUAUUCAAUAGCGGUGGAGAAACAGAGAAACAACGCGCGGCACGCAGAGAGGCUGUCCCGAGUCAGAGAAGUGUCUCAUCAGCUGUCCAGAUGUAACUCCUUGUUAAACCAGACCCUUCAGGAUAUUGAAGAGUUGAACCUACUGUUACCAGAGAACAAACGUUUAGAACCUUUUGUAUGGACUGAACAAAAAGGCACAUAGAAUUGUCUCAAUCAUUAAUUAAUUAGCUGUUAAUAGUUAAUUUUUCCAGUAAAUAUACUCAUUAAGCUUAAAUUAUGUUCACUCAAGGUCGUAGUCAGAGGAGUGGGGGAAAAAGGGGAAUUGUUGGGAGUUCAAUUUCUCCCUGAAAUCCCAGACAUAGGGAAAUAUUUUUGGAACUGCAUGCUCUUGAACUUCCUAAACAUUUUUUUCGUCAUCCAUCAACAUCCCAAAAAUUUCGCACUCGCUACGCUCGCGCUUUUACUUAGCCUUUAAUCUCGCUAUAGUCCUACUUAUUAGACAUUUAUUUUAAAAACAUUUUUUUUACGACGACCAUGUUCGUUUCUUUACUUACUGUCAAAUUGUGAGAUAAAGUUUUAUUGACUGUCAUUUUCCAUCAAGUUGGACCAAAUUUUUUUUUCAAAUGGUUCAGUAAAAAUUUGGUCAUCAUAAAAUCCCUCACCGACAUUAAUUCCUCGCUACGAAGUACGACCAUAUGAAUAAACUCAUUUAGUAUUAUAGGUUAUACUUUAGAAUUAUUAUGAAUGAAAUAAAAAAAUCUUUUGACUAUGGUCACGACCACAGAAUUCAGAAUAAGGAUGGAAGUGAUAAAGAAUUUUAUAUAACGUAUUAGAAAUAUACUUAUCUGCAAUCCUUCAACACCCAAACAAGUCGGACAUGUCUCAGAUCUCACAUAAUAUAGAGAUAAUUGAUUAAUUACGUUUACACGUCAUAUCUCUAUCAUCCCGAGUAGCAAAGCAACCAAAAUGAAACUAACGCUAUCAAAUAUUGUAUUGUAUCAAAUAAGUCUACUUUAAGAAUCUGCUCAUCGGAGCGAGACAAUCUUGUGUUAGUUUCAAUCAAUUAAUUCUAUACUUAUUCUGAUUUCUGUGGAGUAGUUCUCCACUUUACUUUAUCUGCAGAAAAAGUUAUAGCGCUCUCUCUGUUACGUAAUCCCAUACUAAUGAUAGAGACAAAAAUCUCAGUGGGCACGAACCAUUUUGAGUCAUCAACCAAUUACAAACGAAACUAUGCUUUCAAAUUUUUUUGGGAAAACAUUUUCGAAUGUUUUUUGGAAACAUGUUUGUGAUUGGUUGAUGCCUGAAAAUGAUUAACCCCCCUGAGGUUUUUCUCUAUCAUUUGUAUGGGAAUACCUAACAGAGAGCGCUAUUAUGUAACUUCUUUCCAUAUAUUGUGGACUGCUCAGUCGUUCGGCAGUUGCGUUACAGUUGUGUUAACUGCACUAAAACUGCAGAAAAUUUUGCAGUUCCUUGCAGUCCAGAAAUCUGUACAAUUGGUAUACUGGUAGGUAAAUUGUAUAACCGUUUGUAACCCUCAAAGUGAUUUUAUCUACCUUCUGCUAGCAUCCUGUUAAUAUUUAAAAAAUGUAUUGUUUGUUUGAACAUAUCGCACACGAAAUUAGCCAAAUUAUAUUAAAUUCGCUCAAUAAAAAAUUUACUUAAAUAAA